UUUUUGGUGACCGGGAAGUCGCGGCCGAACAUCGCUUUGCCGAAACUUCAAUAAUCUCGUACCUAUUUUGGAGAGAAUUCAGCGGCGUGUAGCUUCGACAGUGACUCGCGAUGGCCGGAGAAGUGUCCAUGAUCGGUUCGGUGAUCCUGGCCCUGUUCCUGGCGGGGUACCUGGGCCAGCAGUACCUGCCGCCCCCGAAGCCCCGGGUGAUCGGCCUGGACCUGGGCACCACCUUCUGCUCCGUCGGCGUCUUCCACCCGGGCAGCGGGCAGGUGGAGGUGAUCGCCGAUGAGGAGGGGAGGAAGAGCAUCCCCAGCGCCGUCUCCUUCACCCUCACCGAGGUGCUGGCCGGGCACCAAGCCGCCGACCUGGCCGACAGCAACCCCCAGAACACCAUCUACGACGCCAAAAGGUUUAUUGGAAAGAAGUUUGAUCCGGACGCCCUGGAGCAGGAGAGCGCUCGGUACCCGUUUAAGGUGAUAAACAACAACGGAAGUGCAGAGUUUGAGAUCUCCACCAACCACACCUUCACCGUCAGCCCGGAGUUCAUCGGCUCGAGGCUGCUGCUGAAAAUGAGGAAGAUGGCCGAGCUGCAGCUGGGCGUGCCCGUGCAGAAGGCUGUCAUCUCGGUCCCCGCCGAGUUUGACGAGAGGCAGAGGAACUACACCGUCAGGGCGGCCAACCUUGCCGGCCUGGAGAUCCUGCGCGUGAUCAACGAGCCCACGGCUGCGGCCAUGGCCUACGGACUCCACAAGGUGGACGUGUUUAACGUGCUGGUGGUGGACCUCGGGGGAGGGACGCUGGACGUGUCUCUGCUCAACAAGCAGGGCGGCAUGUUCCUCACCAGGGCCAUGGCAGGGAACAACAAGCUGGGGGGUCAGGACUUCACUCAGCGGUUACUCCAGUACACCACGGAGCGAGUCCGGCAGGAGUUCGGCUCCACGCCCUUCCUGAAGGAGGACGUGCAGCGUCUGCGGCAGGCCGUGGAGGCCGCCAAGCUGAACCUCACCAUCCACCCCAGUGCCACCGUCAGGGUGCCCCUCCACCUUCACAGCGCCGAGCAGACGGACUCCCCCAAACGCUCGCCCGUCCUCUUUCAGGCCGUGAUCACCCGCCAGCUGUUCGAGGAGCUCAACGAGGACCUCUUCCAGAAGAUCCUGGCCCCCGUGAAGACCGUGCUGGCCGAAGGCCACCUGGAGAAGGAGGACGUGGACGAGAUCGUGCUGGUUGGGGGGUCGACCAGGAUCCCGCGGAUCAGGAAGCUGAUCAGCGACUUCUUCGGGAAGGAGCCGAACACGUCGGUGGACCCGGACCUGGCCGUGGUCACAGGCGUGGCCAUUCAGGCCGGCAUCAUGGGCGGCUCCUGGCCUUUACAAGUCAGCGCGAUAGAAAUCCCCAACAGACACCUCCGCAAGACGAACUUCAGCUAAUCCCCAAGAUAAUUCAGACAUCCCACUGACUCCUGUUGCUCGCUUCACUAAAUGGGCUUAAUCUGCUGAUGUGAGAGAAACGACACCAAGCGCCGUCACUGUAAGACUCACCAGGUGUUUAGUCCAUCUUUAGCUCUUUCCUCCACUGUGAAAGGUGACGGAAACAGAGAACAACAUUCCUAAAGAAGUAACUGAUAUCGGAGUUUCAGACAGCUGAGGUAUUUACUGAGGUAGAGCAGAAAGAACUCGGUGACACUCUGAAGACAUCCGUAAUCUGAGCUGAGAGCGGCGAGACGAAAUACUGUUCAGUUCAGGGAACAAUAAGACUUCAAGACUAGCUAGGAUAUCUUCAGCUAUUUAUUUAUUUAUUUUAGUUAGCUGUGUUUUGUAUGUGAGCCUUUAAUUUAUGUUUCCAUUUUGUCCAGUGAAGGUUUGUGCCUGUGCCUUUUCAGAAAGCUGCUAUUCUGCUGGAGCUGAGGUGAACUGCUGCAGAGCGGCUGCUCUCUGUUCAGCUCUUUAAUGCUUCGCCCAGAGUCACAGAAGGGAACCUCAAUACAAGUAUGAUGAAUUAAUUUAGAGCAGGGGUGCCAUACAGCGCAAGUUAAUCUGGAGUGGACCAGGUUAGUAAAAUAAUACCAUACCUCCAAACGUUUCCUUCAGUUUAGGAUAUCAUGAAAAAGUAUAGAUUUAAUAUAGUAUGCAGUUAUUAUGCUUGACAAAUGAUUGCUACGUUUGAUAAUUUGAUGGGACUUAACUGCAAUAAAGCUUCCUUACCUUUGGUGAGGAGAGCUAGCCAUGCUAGAGAGAGCCUUAUCACUCAGUACUGUAAAGAUGAACACACACUCGUCACAUUUUGACCCGAGUGAAAUGCAUUUGGGAUUAUUUGCCCCAGAAAGCGGCGGCGUCAGAUUCAGCGCUGCACUUGGAGGACUUCCUCUUGCAAACUAACUUCUUCUUUUUCUUUGUGCAAUGGUGCAUUCCUGACUUAAAUGGCCUAAAGUGGACCCAGCUUGCAUGUCAGAGUUGAGUGUGUAUACUAGUUGUUGCUGCCGUCGAUAGGAUUUCAGCAGUCCCACUGAAGGAACUUGUGUGCUUGAUGCAGAGUGUGACCCUGCAACAGCCGAGUCAUGAGAACAAGUUUCUAAUUCUGGUGGACGAAAAGCCUGUAAUUGCACAUUUUGGAAGUUGAUUUCCAUUUCUGUUCCGUAUUUUUGUGUGUGUCCGUGACGGUUGAGCAAUUGUUGCCAUUCUUCAGCUAAACAUUCCUUCAGAAGGUGCCUCUGAAUCUUACUUCCACCCAUUCUAGUUCACACUGAUGGUAUUUCAUGUAAUAAAACUGGAACUUGGAUGGAACAGAGCCAGCCAGUGAAGAUACUGUUAGAACACAAUACUAGGGUCUAUUUUUCUAAUGCAAGUAGGGACUAUAAGCAGUAUAGUCACAUAAAAAUAACAUCAAGUCAAGCUGAUCUGCUUUUUAACAUAAUAAAAAAAAAAAGAUUCCAAGUGCCUCUCUUUGCAUUCUUUGGUGGACAGAUUCUG